CGUCGCUGAUCAAAAGCCUGGGCGACCAACCAUUUUCAUCGGACUUGCUUUGCCUUUGAGCUCGGGUGCAGAUCGCUCUCGAGAUGACACCCGGCGAUGUGCCGAUUUAUGUGGUCGAUGAUUCGACCGAUGCCGACUCCACCGACGUCGAUUCGGACAACGGCUCCUCGGGCCUGCAUCAUCUGGCAGCCCCCACAACCCUCCAGUCGCUCGAUCGGAAGCGGAUGGAGGCCGAGCGACUGGAACGGCUGAAGCAGAAGCGUAAAUGCGAUGCUGUUGAAGCAACCGUCGUCCAGCAUAUGCCUCUGGGAGUCGGCGACCGGCCGUCGUCAGUUUGCAAGAGGCCCCGCUUGGAUACCAGCGAACGAGAGCAAGCCUGCACGCAUCUGCCGCAAGCUCGAUAUCUGGACGGUGUCGUGAGCCUCACCAGCUCCAGCGACGACGAUCCCGCUGACGGCCGUAUUCGGUUCGAAGACAUCUUUGCGCCGCAGGGCCUGACAAAGGUGUUCUUGGCCGCCUUUGAUAUCGACGAUGAGUGGCUCAUGCGCAAGCUCCCCCGAAACCUCAUGGUGUUCAUAGCUCGGCAGAGACCUGCGGAUCACCCAGCAAAUCAACAUGUCGUCCAGAUAUCCCGAAACGUCACUUUUGUAUUUCCUGCGCUUGGGUUUCAAGGCUACGGAUGCAUGCACAUCAAGCUGUUUAUCCUGUGGUAUCGAGGGUUCCUGCGGGUCGUCGUGGGCUCGGCCAACCUCGUAGCUCACGACUGGAGCAUCAUCGAGAAUAUCGUCUUUGUGCAAGAUUUUGUUCGCUGGGACGCCGAGGCUACCAAGACAGAUGAUCCAGAGUUUCUGCAAGACUUGCGUGCUCUGCUGGGCGACAUGAAUGUUCCCGAGCCACUCCGCCGAGAGCUGGACGACUUCAACUUUGGGACAGCCAAGGGACACCUGGUUGCCUCCAGGCCAGGUACAUUCAAGAACGAACACAUCCACAAGACUGGGCACAUGAAGCUGCGGGCAGUUGCGAAGAAACUCGGUCUGGCCCUGGGCGACAACUUGUCGGACUGGGUCAUACGAUGCCAGACAUCCUCGCUGGGAGCUCUUCGCGAAAGCUGGGUCCGAGAGAUGGCUGAAUCGGCGCUUGGGUCUGAGAAUCUUGAUUCUCCGCCUGGCCGACUUCCCAUCAGCGUACACUUUCCCACCAAGAAGAGCAUUGUUGCCAGCGGCAAGCAGAACCAUGCUGGAGUGCUCUUCUUUGCACCAAAGUACUGGACACCGGUGUUUCCCAAGCACUACAUGCACAACGCCGAGUCGGCUGCUUCGGAUCGAGUAAUGCAUUCCAAGAUCAUGCUUGUAUGCAAGAGCCAGGACGAGAGCAGUCCCAAGUUCACCAGCGGCUCGGCAAUGCUUCCCAACAUGCCCGAUCUCGAUCCAGAGGACCAGCCCAUCGGUCUGUACUAUUUAGGGAGCCACAGCUUUACCUCGGCCGCCUGGGGAACUUUGACUCGGCCGUCGAGAUCUGACCCCAGCCUCCGACUGACGAUCCGUAAUUGGGAGCUGGGCAUUGUAUUCCCGCUGGUGUCGGGGCAGAGCAGAGCGAGGGACGACCUGGUGGCCCUGCCGUCUCCGCUCAAGACUCCUGCAGAGAAAUACGGCCGCGAUGAUGAGCCAUGGAGCGAAUGAAGAGUCAGGGAGGAUGCAGACCAGGAUGCAAGGGGGUCGCUGAGGACUGGACAUGCUGAACAUGGGGAAACGCUGUUAUCAACAUGCUGAACGCGCUGCGCACAUGGAUUGUGGGGAUGUUUCAUGGACAUGCGAGGAUUCACCAGCGCGAACGGAUCUUCGAUGCCAUUCCCCCAGAAUCGAUUCGGUGCUGCCGUCCCCAGCUACGCCGUGCUUCGCCGGCCUUCCUUCC